AACAUGUUUGUGAUCUUUGUCAAUUUCAGACAAUUUUUAGGUAUCAUUUAAGAUCCGAGUUCGAACUUGUAAUUUUGAAUGGGGUUCGACGUUACGAGGUUUGAGGGCGAGGUGGACGAAGAACUUGUUUGUCCAAUCUGUUCAGCAGUUUUAGAAGAUCCUAGGCUAGCGCCUGAAUGCGAACACGCUUUUUGUAAAGGAUGUAUAGUAGAAUGGAUCGGGCACCAGCCCACCUGUCCAGUAGACAGAAGAACUAUUUCUGCUCUGGAGCUUAAACCUGUUCCUAGGAUACUGAAGAACCUGCUGUACCGUCUGGAGAUUCGAUGUGACAAUGAUCAGUACGGUUGUACAGCUGUAGUUAAGUUAGAUGUACUGCCAAUACACCUUAAAGAAUGCGAACACAAUCCCAAGAAACCUGUAGCAUGUGUCCAGGGCUGCGGACAAACUGUACCUAAGGACGAGAUGAAGGAGCACAACUGUGUCCGUGAACUACGGCUCCAGGUUCGGGAGCAGAAUGAUAGGAUUCAGAAGUUUACUCAGGAGAUGAGUGAUAUGAGAUAUGCUCUAACGGAACAGAAACGUGAAAUACAUCUUCUCAAAGAGAUUGUAAAGGCAAUGCGCUCCUCGAAUCCGAACGCGCGUGCACUUACAGAUCAGAUGGAAGACGACGAUGUAGUUCGAUGGGCGCAUACACUACCUAGAGCUAGGGUGACACGAUGGGGAGGAAUGAUCUCUACGCCUGAUGCGGUUCUUCAAGCAAUGAUCAAACGAUCUUUAAAAGAGUCUGGGUGCCCGUCACAUAUAGUGUCAGAACUGAUGGAGAAUGCUCAUGAGCGACGAUGGCCAGCCGGUUUACAAACCUUGGAGACUAGACAGAUGAAUAGGUAUUAUUUUCUUACAUAAAAAAAACAAAAAUUA